AAGAAGCUUUGCGAGACAACCUUAGUCCCUCGUGGACGAAGUAAUACUAGCGGAAUACCCACUUUAUUGACUGAAACAUGUCUAAACUACAGUCGUUUCAUGUUUUUUUAAAUGAGCGUUUUACCGCGGCAGCUGUGGAGAUUUUUGGGGCAGUUGAAGAAACGGUGGCGGAGUACCAGGAGGAGAAUGAUCGACUACGGAGACUGCUGCGGAUCACACCGGAGAUAAAACUAUGUAGAAUAGACUCCCUGCAGCUCUCUCUCACUGUCUCUGAGGAGGAGGUUCUCCCUGAGCAGCAGCACUGUGAGCAGGAGUGGAGCCCCACUCUGGGGCAGGAGAACCCAGAGCUUCCACAGAUUAAAGAGGAACAGGAGGAACUCAGGACCAGUCAGGAGGAAGAGCAGCUUCAAGGGCUGGAGGCUGAUAUCAAAUUCACUCCUUCCUGUGUGAAAAGUGAAUGUGGUCAGGAGGACCCACUUCAGCCCUUCACUUCUCCCCAAACCCAGACUGUGGAGAACAGAGAGUGUGACCCUAAACAAGUGGAUCUCACACAUGUGACCCACCUUAAGGGCCUCAACAUUCCCUGUGACCCUCCAGAUAAUCAGAACAAUGUCAGCCAAUGCUCAGCCGUAAGCAGAAACCCAGUAGGACUUGACAGCAACCCACCAUUGGAUCCCAGCACAUCAUUGAAUCCAAACCCAUCAGUGGGGGAACACUGUUUCAAACCCAGCACCACGUCUAUAAAAACUCACCACUGCCAUGACUUCUGCAGAAUACGCUACGACUCCAUUUGUAAACUGAAGGCCCAUGUCUGCCUCUGUCACAGUGGGAAACCCAACACCUGCCCUGUUUGUGGCAAGACCUUCAAACUCAAAAUAUAUCUGUCCAAGCACAUGAGGAUUCACACAGAAGUGGGAGAGAAACCAUUUAGCUGUGGAGACUGUGGGAAAAGCUUUGUUCAUAAGUGGAACCUAAAGAGCCAUAUGCUGACUCACACAGGAGAGAAACCAUUUAGCUGUGAUGACUGUGGGAAAAGCUUCUAUCAGAAGGGGAGCCUAAUAAACCAUAAACUGACUCACACAGGAGAGAAACCAUUUAGCUGUGAUGACUGUGGGAAAAGCUUCUAUCAGAAGGGGAGCCUAAGAAAGCAUCAACUGACUCACACAGGAGAGAAACCAUUUAGCUGUGGAGACUGUGGGAAAAGCUUCGUUCAUAAGUGGAACCUAAAGAGCCAUAUGCUGACUCACACAGGAGAGAAACCAUUUAGCUGUGAUGACUGUGGGAAAAGCUUCUAUCAGAAGGGGAGCCUAAUAAACCAUAAACUGACUCACACAGGAGAGAAACCAUUUAGCUGUGAUGACUGUGGGAAAAGCUUCUAUCAGAAGGGGAAUCUAAGAAAGCAUCAAUUGACUCACACAGGAGAGAAACCAUUUAGCUGUGCUGACUUUGGGAAAAGCUUCACUCAAAAGUCUAACUUACUGACACGUGAAAAACAUCCAAAAGGAAGACGAAAAUAAAAAGUACACGCUCAUUGACACAAAUAGCUGGAAUACGUAAAUGAAGUCAGAAUAGUCUGAUUGACUGUUGACUAAAUUAGCAGUGCAGAUGGCAGUAUUUUGUUAAGUGCAGAGGUGAAUUAUAGGUAAUAAAUGUGCAGAGGACUUCUGAAAUUCUACAGAUUUUGUGGAGCAGCAGAAAGUUCAGCAUACCCCAAAUCCAGAGGUUGUGAGUUCAAAUCCCAGGUGGGGUCAUAUUGAAAAGUCUACUGAGUCAUGUCAAAUGUAAUCAUAUUGUCAUUGCUUACCUUUUUUUUUUUUUUACACCAUUUUAGCUAAACAGUGUAUCACUAACCUUAAAACCCCCAUACCAUUUCAUUACUUGCCUUAUAAUGGUUUGGGACACCUGGGACUAGGGCUGUUGUGGUGACCGUAUUACUGCCACAACGGCGGUCAGGGGUCAUGAAGGCAGUCGCGGUAAUUGUUUCAAGACGGGUGCAUGAUAGUGGUCCAUUUGAAAUCAAAACACAUUUCACACAUUAUUUAGUAUAUGUAAAGACAAGAUUAAAUCAAGAAUAGUCUGAUGGGUGACAAUAUUAGCCUAUGACUUGUGAAUUAUACAUUAGGUAAAGUAAUGACGACAAUGUUGCCAGACAUUCGCACAACAGGACAGAGCAGCACAACAUGACAUCAGAGAGAGACAUUCACAACAGGACAGAGCAGUACAACAGGACAUCAGAGAGAGACAUUCACAACAGGACAUCAGAGAGAGACAUUCACAACAGGACAUCAGAGAGAGACAUUCACAACAGGACAUCAGAGAGAGACAUUCACAACAGGACAGAGCAGCACAACAGGACAUCAGAGAGAGACAUUCACAACAGGACAGAGCAGCACAACAUGACAUCAGAGAGAGACAUUCACAACAGGACAGAGCAGCACAACAUGA